GGGGUCUACCAGCAUUCACAGCGUGCCACCCUCUGCGCUGGACAUAAACCCGGCGUGCUUUUUUUGACAACCUACUUCAUCCUUAAGGAUUGAGGGGGGAUCAGGGACAGGCGGGGGCGGGCCCCUGGCCAGACCUGGAGGGAAGAGCAAGCGAGGACUGAAGCUAGGGGAACCAGGCCAGAAGUCCCUGCAGGAAUGUUUGGGCCCCACCCCCGGCACCUGACAUGAGCCCUUGCGGGCCCCUCAACCUGAGCCUGGCGGGCGAGGCGACCACGUGCACGGCACCCAGGGCUCCCAACGCGUCCGUCGGACCGGUGUCGGGCCUGGCGGGCGCAUCGCCCGCACUGCCCAUCUUCUCCAUGACGCUGGGCGCCCUGUCCAACGUGCUGGCGCUGGCGCUGCUGGCGCAGGCCGCGGGUCGUCUGCGGCGCCGUCGCUCGGCAGCCACCUUCCUGCUAUUCGUCGCCAGCCUGCUGGCCACCGACUUGGCGGGCCACGUGAUUCCGGGUGCGCUGGUGCUACGCCUGUAUACCGCGGGGCGUUCGCCGGCCGGCGGCGCCUGCCACUUCCUGGGCGGCUGCAUGGUCUUCUUUGGCCUGUGCCCGCUGCUGCUGGGCUGCGGCAUGGCCGUGGAGCGCUGCGUGGGCGUCACGAAGCCACUGCUGCACGCAGCCCGUGUCUCGGUGGCCCGCGCGCGCCUGGCUCUGGCCGCGCUGGCCGCCGUGGCCUUGGCCGUGGCGCUGCUGCCGCUGGCGCGCGUGGGACGCUACGAGCUGCAGUACCCAGGCACGUGGUGCUUCAUCAGUCUGGGCCCGGCAGGAGGCUGGCGCCAGGCCUUGCUCGCCGGCCUCUUCGCCGGCCUCGGCUUGGCCUCGUUGCUCGCCGCGCUCGUGUGCAACACGCUCAGCGGCCUGGCCCUGCUGCGUGCCCGCUGGCGCCGCCGCUCUCAACGGUGCUCCUUGGCUUCCGGCCCCGACAGCCGAAGACACUGGGGAGGGCGCGGACCUCGCUCAGCCUCCGCCUCGUCCGCCUCGUCCGUCGCUUCGGCCUCCACCGCCCCUGGCGGCUCCCUGGGCCGUGGCUCAGGGCGCAGAGCCCGCGCCCACGACGUGGAGAUGGUGGGCCAGCUCGUGGGCAUCAUGGUGGUGUCUUGCAUCUGCUGGAGCCCCCUGCUGGUGUUGGUGGUGCUGGCCAUUGCAGGCUGGGGCUCCAGCUCCCUGCAGCGGCUGCUGUUUUUGGCCGUGCGUCUCGCCUCGUGGAACCAGAUUCUGGACCCCUGGGUGUACAUCCUGCUGCGCCAGGCCGUGCUUCGCCAACUGCUUCGCCUUCUGCCCUCACGGGCCGGCGCUAAGGGCAGCCCUGCGGUGCUGGGCCUCACCAGGAGCGCCUGGGAGGCCAACUCGCUGCGCAGCUCUCGGCACAGUGGCCUCAGUCACUUCUAGGCGCCCCCGGCGCCUAAGCCAGACCACCCCGGGCCUGCCCCAGGUCCACAGUGCAGAGACUUCGAGGAAUAAAGCCUUUUUGCUGACAA